AUUUUCCAACUGUGCAAAACAAUGAAGCACUGUGCUGCAAAGGCAGGUUCAACUCUGAGGCUGAGGACUAGAUAUGUAUAUGUUUUAUAAUAUUCAAAAGUAGGCUUUAUAAUGAUAUAACAGAGCAAAAAAGAAAUAUUCAGGCCUUAUCCAGACUCAUAACUAAGCACACAUACAUUUAAAAUAUAUAUAUAUUAAGUACAAAGGAGGGAAAUAUUCAUACUAUGCCAAAUUUUUUUGCACGUGUAUUGAUAAGUAUUGUUUUUCUUAAUUGCAACCAUGUGAUCAGUUCAUCCUCAGUGAGCAGCCCUCACUAGUUUGAAUGGGAGUGUAAAGAGUCUCAACAGGCUGCCAAAAUCCCAACCUCAGUGGUCUACUGUGUUUGUAAGAAAAUCACAAAAAAAAAAAUCCUUUGUAAGCAACCAAACAAGAAUGUGGCUUUACCCCACAUCCCUCCACAUCCAUUGUGAAGAUGGAAGGAAGAGGAAGACGCCACUGUAAAUCCUGAAAGCUCACGGUCACAGCUUCGUGCUCCAGCCUUCCUGUUUUUCAUACCUCAAAUCACUGCACCACUUCUCCCGUGCCUUCUCCUGUCUGAUGCCACAUGGAAACGCUGCUGCUGCUUGUGGACUAUUUGUUUUGAUUUUUGAUUUCUUCUCUCAUCUUGUGAUUCGCUAGAGGUUAGGGGUGGUGGAAGAGGACGGUCAUGCGGUGUAGGAGAGGACAGAGGCACGGACAUCGGAAUGCCACAGGCUGCCUCGCUGUUCUCCCUUCUGCUGCCGCUCGUGGGAUGUGCUUUUGCAGGGCUCAAUAUCUGGCCCUCCUUACACGUCGCCCUUAGCAACGCCAGUGUAUUUGUGGACUUCAGCAUAAAAUCCAACAACAGCACCAUCCGCAGCAGGAGCCUCUCUCUGGUCAACAUAGAAACCAACACCACCCUUCUGACCAGGACACUCCCCAGCAACCAAUCGGCCGGUAGCGUCGAGUUCAACUGCUCCUGCUUCCUGUACGCAGGAACUUUCCGGUUCCUGCUGAGGCAGACCAGCAUCUCUGCCGUCUCUCGUGCUAAUGGCACAGAUGAACGCAGCACGGAGAGCACUGUCUGGUGGUGGAGUUCAGAACUGCAGGUGCAGUGGCCCACCUUUCACAUAGCUGUGGAGAGGGCGGGAAACCACUCAGGAUCUUUUCAGAUUAGGAUAUCCACAAACGAACACUUCCAGGCUUGCUCCAGGGACAUCAACUCUGCUCUCUUCAUAGAGGUCAGCUCCAUGGAGCACAACCAGAUAGGGCGGAACAGCAUCGACAAGAUCCGAGCGCGCACUCGACAGCCAAUCAAACCCCUCCGUUCCCAGAGUAUUGAGCUGUCCUGCGCCUUCCCCUUCACAGAAAAGGACUUCAUACGAGUGGCUCUGCGGUCUCCUCACGCAGCACAGGACGUGAAGAGCUCCGGGCCUCUCUACCUGUCCCGCAUCUUCUCCUAUAAGCUCCUGGUGGAAAAUGGCUAUGCUUAUCGGAGUGGUUGUGAAGGGACGAUGGCUGUUAAACUGAUAACCCCACCUUGUGCUCACAUCAAUGGGAAAGUGUUGCUGUAUAAGGAUGCAGGUGUUGGAACAGGUGUUUCCUCUGAGAUGGGAGCAGGUGGAACAGCGGUGAUGGGGUUCGGACCAGAGGAGCCCUCUUCUCCUCCGUUGGCCUUUAACUGGUUGACUCAGGGAGAGAAUGAGACAGAAUUCAACUGUUCUGUGUUUGACCCAGGAAGGAACAAGUACUGCUUUCGCUUUGUUUUCAACUUCAGUCGCUCCCCAAGUCCUGCACAGACCUGUUUGGUGGUUCACAGGAGUGCAGAGUCAUGGGGCCCCUGGCAGCAGUGGAGUGUGUGCAGUGUGAGCUGUGGAGAGGGGGUCAGGGAGCGGGUGCGUGAGUGUUUGCUGCCCUCAGGUGUGGGAGGAAUGCAGUGCACCGGCAUGGUGAAGGAGCAGUCCCUCUGCUCACUGGAGGACUGUGUGGCAUUGCCUGCACCUUCUCCAUCCCUCCCCCCCGUACCUGCAGGAGUUGCACCCUUAGGUGGUAACAUGGUGGUGGUGGCUGGUAUCUCCCUUUGCUUGGCUGUGAUUCUGGCUACUGUUGUGGUGACUGUGUGGAGAAAGCUUUGCCAGACCCCUCAGUGCAGCUCUGUCCGCAGAGCCUCCAUGCAUUCCCCUGGAGGACGCAAGCUCUCCGAUGAGGCCUCCAUUUGUGGCCACAGCCUCCAAAGACCCAGCCUGUCUGACGGCCAAGGCGUGGGUGUGGGUGUAGCCCAGAAAAACACUCCUGUCCUGGGCAGUCAACCUCUCUCACAGACCCUGGUGAUACCUGUAUCGCAAGACCCAGAAAGGCUGUCCCCUACGGGUCAGAAGAUGUUGCCAACAAUAUUUGGGUACCGAUUGGCUCAACAGCAGUUGAAAGAAAUGAAGAAGAAGGGAUUAAAGGAGGCCACGCAGCUGUACCAUGUCUCUUCAAGCCCAGUCCAUGACACCUUGGUUGAGACAUCUGCUUCACCCACCAUCUCCCCCAUCCCCACACCAACUGGAUUUGCUCAUCCCGCACUCCCUUUGGGCCUCCAGGAUGACACCAACCACAACAGUUUUCGUGAUGUGACUUCAUUUUCCGAACCUCCAGGGCAGACUUCUAGGUUCACGCCGGACAGACAGAGUCCCAGAGUGGAUUUCGUCUUAGGUCCUCUUGGAAGUGGAGGCAGCUCAAAAUGGCGUGACCGCACAGCGGACUGGGUGGAAAUGGUGGAGAGGAGUGGGUUAGUAGGUCCCAGAAGUGAUGCAGGAAACUCCAGUCAUAAGAAUCCAAAUUUCCGCCGGACCUCCAGUUUUAAUGACUGCAAACCCCAGCCUCCACCCUCUGCACGCUCCAGACAGUUUAGAGAAAGGAGCAUGACCCAGGUGGGAUCUCGGACCCUUCCUGAAGGAAGUUGUUGGACGAAAGGAGGAUGGGAAAGGCAGCCAUACCGCUCUUACCCAAUUCCGGAGCACGGGCCCCCAGACUGGGCUAAAUCCAGGCCUGAGAGAAACAUCCAGAGGAAGCCCUGGAUAGAGACAGCUGUUCCCUCUCACAACAGUGAACUCAAACACACAGGAACCAACACAAAUAGCAUUUCAGCAUAUGCUAAAACAGACCUUAGUGGCACUGCGGAAAUGCAAAGGCAAAGCCAUAAGACAGGGGUUGGACAGGGAAUCUCAGGGAUUGGAGGUCCAGUCGUAGGGCCUGCCAGCCUGAGCGUAGAUCGGGCAGAAAGGGCUGAACAGAACUGGAAUCGUCGUGGCCCUUCGCCCAUCCAGAGGAACAUCCUGGCACGGAAAUUAAAAGAGGCUCAGUCCUGCUCUAAGGUCAAGGGGCGGCAGCGCAGCUCCACCUUUAGCGCACCGUCCUUGGGGGAGAGGAAAGGUCGCUGUCGCUCCCUGCCGAUGUCUGGAGACUACAGCAGCGGUGACGGCUCGUCCUACCGGCUGAGUGAGGCAGAGCAGAGGAUGUUGGACCUAGAUCUGUCCUCAUCAUAUGUAGGGGAGGAGGAGUAGAUCAUGCAGUUUACAGUGACAUUUACUCAUCUUAUCACAGACACACAUAUCAGUGAGGAGUGUAUGUUAGAGAUUUAGGGAGUUCAUGAGAGCAAAAGGAUUAUAUUUUUUCUUAAAAGCUAUUUUAAAAGUGUUUCUGUUUCAAAAAAUUAGAUUUUUUUUAUUGUAAUUGUGUUAAUAUUUCAUUUUCUGAUAAGUGCGACUCUCUUGAGGAAGUAGGUUUAUUGGCUGCUGGUACAGGAUAGACAUAUUAAACACAGCCUUGUACCCACAUCUGUAUGCACUGUUAAACUAAAGCUCUAUCAGAACACAAGUGCGUUUUACUGUUCUACACUGCUGAAUGCUGUUUUAUGCUGUGAAGUCCACCUGUACACUACCGAGAGCCACUCUGACUAUGAUGUUUGUAUGUGUGAUAGAAGCAAUGUAAAAUACACAAGUUAGCAAUAUUCAGUUGUAAUGAUGUUUGAGGACAGCCUAAUACGAACACAAUGAACAAAAGUGAGGCAUUGAGAGAUGCUGUUUGUUUUUAUUGUUUGAGUAUUAUAAUACACUUUAUAGAAAGAAAUGCUUACUGGAAAACAGAAGACAAUGUACUAUCAGCAAGAA